ACCAAUCCUUCGCAAUGCGCCGGAGCGCGCUGGAACAUAUUUGCUUGUCCUGUCGCUCGGCACGGACAACCAGCAGACUCAAUGGCCUCACAUCGCGACGAUACGUCCAGAUCAGCGCGACACCUUCAGAACCGCAGCAAAGUCUAGAACCCAAGACGGCGACCUCAGGUCCUACGGCGGAUGCGCGAUUCGAAGUGCUCGGCAGCCCAUUCUCCCUCCUCUCGGCCUCGAUCUCAGCUUCGCAAGCACUCUACACACGGAAAGGAACAUUGGUCGGGUUCAGUGGCCGAGCAGAAAAUGCCGUCUCUACGCUGUCGAUUCUUGAACCAUUUCGAAGAGCCUUGCUAGGAGUGCCGUUCCUCUACCAACGCGUAACUUCCACAACACCAUACACCGCACUCAUAGCCACAAAGUCCUCAAUCACGUCGCUCGUGGUAGUACAUCUUGACGGGCGAUUAGACUGGAUGGUGGCGCAUCGCAAUGCACUUUUGGCGUGGACUGGACACACAUUGAGCCUGAAGCCUCGAUGGAAUAUGAAGAUGAGCCUCGCUCAUUGGGGCAGCACGGCAGUGACCGGACGAGGGCUUCUUGCUCUGUCGGGUAAAGGCCUGAUCCAUCAAAUCACCCUCAAGACAGGCGAGGAAUAUGUCGUUCGGCCAACGAAUGUCAUCGCGUACAGCAUGAUGCAGAACGCUCCGCAGCCAUAUCGAUUUAAGUCAUCGACUUUCCGAAUGCAAAUACCGAACCCAUUGACCUGGCUUCCCGACACGAGAUUCUGGAGAACGAUGCGGGAAAGCACUGCGUGGACAGUCAUGAGGAAUGUCGUCUUCACAAUUCGGACAUGGACGCGGAGGACUAUUUGGGGAGACCGAUUGUUCCUGCAUUUCCACGGGCCGGCAACAAUCCUUGUCCAGUCCCGCGGAGCUGCUAUCAGCGAUGUGAUGACUUCCGAGGAGGUCAAUGAGUUCGCCGACAGUCCUGCCGGCUCGGCCCCUCGCGCACUUGCAAUCACCUCGCCGGCUGAAGCAGGAGCAUCCACUGGAAUGCCGGCGUCAAAGCCGUCACCUACGACUUUGAGUUUUGCAAAUGUCGGCCAAGACGGCAGGGUGGAAUUUGAGAAGACGAAGGCAUCCACGCAGUAG